GAAGGAAGAAUGGAGUUUCCAGACCAUAGCCGCCAGUUGCUGCAGUGUCUGAGUCAGCAGCGUCACCAGGGCUUCCUGUGUGACUGUACUGUUUUAGUUGGAGAAGCUCAAUUCAGGGCUCACAGAGCCGUCCUCGCCUCUUGCAGUAUGUACUUCCAUCUUUUCUACAGGGACCAGUUAGACAAAAGGGAUAUUGUGCAUCUGAACAGUGACAUUGUCACGGCCCCUGCCUUCAGCCUGCUGCUGGAAUUCAUGUACGAGGGGAAGCUGGAAUUCAACAGCCUCCCCGUGGAAGAUGUGCUGGCUGCGGCGAGCUACCUUCACAUGUAUGACAUUGUGAAAGUCUGCAAGGGCAAGUUGAAAGAUAAAGAGUUGGGUUCGGAGGAGAAGGCGAGCGAGGAGGCGGUGGCGGGUUUGGAGAAAGGGGAGCGUUUUCUAGACCCCGUCCACGAGUUCGACCCGGGAAACAAACCCAAAUUCGGCAUCGGGGAAUACGAGAGAGCGGCGGGCAAAGAAAAGGUCAGCAGCCACCCCGCCUGGUCCUCUGAUCAUCUCAGUGUCAGCUCCGCGCCGACGGAGGCAGAACCGUGCGCCGCAGCAGCUGGAAAAACAAAGGCUAAUGUCAAUAGUUCCACAGGACCUUUGUCCCAAAGGUCUGUUAACCAUCCCCUGGCUCCCAGCGAUGGGGACUGCGCGCUGGAUUUGUCUUUCAAACCCGUGCCGGGGAGAGAUUCCUUACACCCCUCCUAUGUCUUUGGACAGCUGGCUUCCGACAGCCAGCAGCAGGGUACCCAGCCACUUGUUAAAGACGAACAAGACUUGCUGUCAGAUCAGGAGGACGGCGGCGAAGCCGGCAGUCCGGAGAGUCAGCAUUUUGGGAAUUCAGCCAAAAGCUUAGUGACAGGGUUAGGACACAUGUUCGCGGGGAAUGGCAGCUCUCAUGCCCGGGAGGAGGAUAUAGAUCAAGAGAGAGACGAGAGCGAGGACGACAUGGAUUCAUCAGAUAUCUCCUCCUCGGGCGUCCUGGUGCCUCCAGGCCAUAUCUGCAUUUGUCCCCUCUGCAGCAAGGUGUUCCCCAGCCCCCACAUCCUCCAGCUCCACCUCAGCUCUCAUUUCCGUGACAAGGACGGCUCCCGGACCCGCUUGUCCCCCGACGGGUCCGUCCCGACUUGUACCCUCUGCGGGAAGACUUUUUCUUGCAUGUACACCUUAAAGAGGCACGAGAGGACUCACUCGGGGGAGAAGCCCUACACCUGCGGCCAGUGUGGGAAGAGCUUCCAGUAUUCCCACAACCUCAGCCGCCACGCCGUGGUGCACACCCGGGAGAAACCCCACGGGUGCAAGUGGUGCGAGAGACGCUUCACCCAGUCCGGAGAUCUCUACAGACACAUCCGCAAAUUUCAUUGUGGCCUUGUAAAGUCCUUGGUUGUUUGAGACAUCCGAUUAUUUUUUUUAAUUUUAUUUUAUUUUUUUAAUUAUUUCCCACCACCCUUUUAAAACAAAACAGGGAAAAAAAAAAAAGGCAGCAUCCGAAUUUUAAUUUUUUAUUCCCCUCCCACCCCCUCCUUUAUUUUAUUUUGGUGAUAUUCACUUCAGGUAUAUGAUCUUUAAAAGAUGCAGAGGUAUACACUCCAAAGGCCUUUUAAUGCAAUCCCUCCACCUCCCCCCCUUCCCCUGCCACCCUCCCUGCCCAGCCCUGUCCUUUAGGUCUUCUCUCGCGCACCCAUGUUACAUUAUUAAUGUGAAAUGAGCUAAGUAUUUCUGCAGUGAUUUAGCAUCUGUUUUCAGGCUGGAAGUACUUGCUUCGUGCUUCAUGGUUUGUUUUUUUUUUUUGGUUGAGUUUUGGUUUU